ACCAGCCUGGUCACCAGGAGAACUUCACUACCAUUACGCGCUUAGAAAAUCUGAUCCUCCAAAAGGACAGAGUAGCUAGAUCAAUGCACCCUGUUACAUGGAGCCCUGAUGGCUGCUGUGCAGCUGGAGCACGGAAAACACAGCAAGCAGCCUCUCUUUGUUGUGGAUACUCAGCCCUCCAUGGAGAUGUCAGUCUGGAAGCUGCUUUAAGAGGUGCUUAAAACAAAACAAAAUAGGUCUCUUCUCACCGUAAUUGUUACUUGUACCACGAAGCUGAAGAUUUCAAAGAGCUGAUAUUGAAAUGAGAACUUACAUCUCUAUUAAAAAAUAAUUUGCCACCUAUGCAACUCCUUUAAAAUGAGCAGUGAAGAUACAUUCACCUAUUUACAACUUUGCGUGUCGUACUCAGCAGAAAGCCAGGGAGUAAAUCCAGUUUACCUUCAUAUAAUUUGUUGUUUUGACGUGACUUUGCCCUCGGCGUUAUUUUAGUUUCUAUUAAAUGCAAAAGCAUUGCUGUUCCCGGGAUUUGUAGUGAUUCGAAAGUUUCUGGGGAGAUUCCUCCUCGGGAGCAACUGGUUUUUCCUCCUUCGGUUUAUCAGACUCCUCAGCUCCUGUGGCUUUGGUGGUGGCAUUUUCCGGCGGGCACCGGACUAGGUGGGAUUUGGAUGGGGUCACCCAGAUCCCUGCCUUUCCCGGAGCUCCACUUCCCCCGGGCCAGGAGCGGGGGCCGACGAUGCGGGGGGCGGCAGGGGCAUCCUCCCCGGGGGCAGUGGGGCAGCGCCCGGCACAGGAGACACGUGGAAUGUCAGGAAAUAAAUGAAAUAAAAUAAAAAGCAGCCCAAGAUGGGCUGACUAGCUGGGUAAGCCCCCAUCUUCCUCCUACCCGCGGUUUCCCCCCGCACCCCUCCAGCGUCCCGCGUGGCCGGAGCUCUCCCAGCGCCUCCCGCCCCGCAGCUCCGGGCAGUCCCGGCUGCCGAACGGGGAUCUCUGCUGCCCCCGCCUCCGCCACCCGCCCGGCCGGGGCUGAAAAUCCCCCGGCGGCAGCGGAGCCCCUUCGGUCCCGCAGCAUUUGCGGGAGAGAGCCACGCUAUAGGAAGAGUAGAAGGCAGGGAAAGAAGGCAGGGAGGGGGUGUCAGCACAGCCCAGCGCGGCCUCAUCCCCUCUCACUCCUCCCACCAGUGCGUGGUGCCUCUUAACCCCCGGGAACCUCCCUCGCCCGAAGCAUUACUCCACUUUGCAGAACACGAGUUGAUGAGGAAAAAAAUACUCCUCUGCCGCGGCCAGCCAUGAGCUGUUUGGAUGUUAUGUACCAAGUUUACGGUCCUCCCCAGCCCUACUUCGGAGCAGCCUACAGCCCCUACCACCAGAAACUCGCCUUUUACUCCAAAAUGCAGGAAGCCCCGGAGAGCGGCAGCAGCGCCAGCGCCGGCAGCUCCUUCUCCAGCCACCCCGCGGCCAGCAUCAAAGAGGAGGAUUGCAGCCCCGAGAAGGAGCGACCCCCCGAGGCCGAGUACAUCAGCUCCCGCUGUGUCCUCUUCACCUACUUCCAGGGAGACAUCAGCGCCGUGGUGGAUGAGCACUUCAGCCGGGCGCUCAGCCAGCCCAGCAGCUUCUCCCUGGGCAGCGCGAAGGCGGCGCGGAGCGCGGGCUCCUGGCGGGAUGGCUCCUACCCAAUGAGCCAGCGCAUCUUCCCGCCGUCCUUCUGGAACAGCACGUACCAGCCCUCCUCGGUCCCGGCCAGCCUGAGCAGCCCCCUGGCAGCCGCCGCCCACAGCGAGCUGCCCUUCGCCGCCGCCGCCGACCCCUACGCGCCCACCUCUCUGCACGGCCACCUGCACCAGGGCGGCCCCGAGCCCUGGCACCACGCGCACCACCACCACCACCACCACCACCACCCCUACAUCGGGACACAGAGCACCGCCUACCCCCGCCCCGCUGCCAUGCACGAGGUCUACGGGCCCCACUUCGACCCCCGCUACGGCUCGCUCCUGGUGCCCACCGCCUCCGUGCGCCCCCACCGCCUCACGCCCGCCUCCGUGUCCACGCCGGUCAGCCCCCCCUGUGAACUGGGCAAGAGCGAAGCGGGUGCUGCCGCGGCCUGGACGACACCGGGCCCCUUCCCCAACGCAACAGGAGACAUGGCACAGGGCAUUAGCCUCAACGUGGACACAGCUCGCCGUUACUCCUUCUGUGGUGGAUCCCUUCUGAGCUGAUGUGCUGACUCAAAGACUCUCAGAGCCCCCCUUGCCCUUUUCCAAGCCCACCGUGGCCCUGCUGCUCGGGGAAAGACAACGGGAUUUAAAAGGACGUGGCAUUGCAAGGGUGACACUUUAGACGUAUUUUGGAAAGAAAAGUCCUUCUGUUGCAAGACGAGAGCCAAAGACAUUGAACUCCUAUUUAAGCAGACCCCAUACCCAGACCUGCAGCCAGACUACUCUGAAAGAGUCAAAUCUCAUCUUGGAUGGUGAUGCAAAACCAGUGGACUUCAUACAUGCAACAGAGGAAACUGUGGGGGUUUUAUAAGUGGUGUGAAUAUUUUUUUAAUGGCAGUGAAAGUUAUUGAAUGCAACCAUGGGAAAGCUACUAAGAGUUUUGAACUGGAUUUUUAUUUUGCAUUAUAGAAAAGCAAAAGGAGAAGAAAUUUGGACUCAUAAACAUUUUUGGACUAUCAAGGAACUGGUCAGAUUUUUCAGCUUUGUGGUUGUGAGUGGCAAGUGUCUGACUGAGGCCACCUGCCCUGGACUUACAGAUAUGCAGCUGUUCCCUCACAACUGCUUAAAUCCCAGAAAGACGAAAACCAAGGUGGCACUUCUCAGAGUUUGGCACAUUUGCAUUGGCUGUGUAACAGUUGUUUGGUUGGGGGUGGGGUUGGUUGUUUGGUUUUGGUUGGUUUUUUGGGUUUGUUUUUUUCUUUUUUUUUGUCUUUUUUUUUUUUUUUUUUCCUUUUUACAAUAAACAUUUUCUGGUGAAAGUUAAACCUUCUUAAAGCAGGGGGAGAAAGGAAUGCAAUGAAGAAUGGCUCACCUCCAACCCAACAGCCUUUAAAGGGAAAACCAGAACAUAAAGCACAUGAUGGACAUUAGUUCUGAGUUGCUCUAACACUUCCCUUUGUCUACUUGUUGCUGUCAUUUUGCCACUUUAGUAGUUGUUUUGUUUGGGGUUUUAUGAAAGGGGGAAUUAGAUACUUAACAGUAGCAAAGCAAAGUAUUAAAGGUAUCUCCUUCUUUCACCCUGUGUACUUUAAUGAAGAAUUAAAGCUAAAUGAGAGAAAUGAAGCAAACUGGAAACUUCAGGAUGAAGCAGAAAGUAUAUCUCUCACGUGGAUGAAGUGAGUUAUUUUAUUAUUUUGCAUGAAAGAGGAAUAGAAAUCUUAGCAGCUGAAAAUGUUUUCUUGUUGAGUAAAAUAUACAGAGAUAAAUACAAAAGAGAAGAAAAUACGAGACCAUUGCAGUGCUACAUUUUAGAGUAUGAUGUGUUUAUAAGAUUGGUUAAAGUGAGGGAACUGCUCCAUAUUUCUUCUUCUAGAAGAGGGGACUGUAGCUUAUAGAAUUGCUAUUGCAGUGGUAAAUUAAAAAUGUUACUACCAGCUGGUGAAUAAUUAAUGAAAUAGGGCAGAAAUGGCAUUUAGCCCAUACUUAAAAGCUGAUUUUUUUAAUAGACAAAACAUUGAUCCCAAUAUUACUGUGUUUUGGGGUUUUUCUGUUUGUCUUUUUUUUUUUCUUUUCUUAAUGAAAUAUCUUUGAAGCUGACAAAUUUUAAAGCAUACAGUAGGAAAUUCCUAUUACCCCCUGACACUGGGAGAAGCAGUAGAAAAUUAAUUUUUGUGCUGUAAUGAGAGUUUUUACCUUCCAGACUCUCACAUAAUUGGGCAUAGUGUUUGCUGUGUGUCAGAAGUCGAGUUAUGAAUAACCCAAAAUUGCUUCUCCUAGGUUUGUGAUAGAUCAGUUUCUGGGAAAGACUAGGAAUCCUAACAGAAAGAGUUUGACAAAGCAGUGUGAGUACAUCCUGUGAGAAGCUGACCAGGAGCACCCCUGGCCAGAGCUUAGCAAACGGCAGGGGGGACUCGCCGCGAUUCCUUCAGCCAGACAAACCGAUGGGCAUUUUUCCCUCAGCCUCCAAAUAGCCAGAGCCCAGACAAGCUGCAAAGGGCAAGGGAAUGACCUCAGAAUCUACAUUAUUUGUUAAACCAAAAACAUUCUGAGGUGUUUCUCAAGGAAGAAGGCACCAGUUUUUUGUAGGAGAAAAAUAACUAAAAACGGUGUUUAACUGCAGAAGCCUAAAGUUAGCAGGGUCAUUUUGAGAGCAUUUUUCUAAGGGCCUUUUCAAGCUUCUUUUAAAGGUUUGGUGGGGGGUUUUUUGAUUUUUUUUUUUUUUUGUGUUUUUUUUUGUUUUGUUUUGGUUUUUUUUAAAGAUAAAUCUGAAUCUAUGAUUUAUUGUGCUUCACCACAAUUAUUUCUUUUUUCUUUCUUUUUUUCUCCCCUCUUCUCUGCAAUUCUUAACAAGGAGGGUUGAGUGACACAGUCCAAAUACAUUUGGAAAUACUCAUGUAAGCAUAAAAGAGUAAUUUACUACAUUGGCAUUUACAAUUCAUUUGGACUGUGAAUGUAUUCAAGCAUGAGAAUUUAUGCAAUGAAUCCAUGAAUAUAGGUUUUGGCACUUGUUCUGAGGGUACAUUUUUUGCUGUUUUAUCAUGAAAGUAUCUAAACGCAAAAAGCCAAGACAGUGGCUCAAGGUGCUAGAAGUACAAAAAACUUUUUAAAAAUGCUCCUACUCUGAGUAGACUGCAGCCUGAAAGCACACAUGCCCUGUUUUGGCUAAUCCUUGCAAUUUUGCUCACUCUGUGUUAUUCUGACUCCUGAGAGACCACUCACAGCACCAACCUUUAAGGCUUGGGCAUUAGUUUUUGCAGGACUGGGGCCACAGUUCCUAAUGCAGUAACAGUGCACAUGACCUCCAUGCCAUUUCUCCAGUCUGUUUUAUUCCUCUUUGCAUCAUAGGUUAUUACUCCGUUAGUCAUGAAAGCUUGCAGAAAAUCUGGAAUUACAAAAGAAACCCUUCUUAGAUGUUACAUAAAUAUUACCUGUCACAUGCUUGUCACGCACUGAAAGAGACGUGAGUUCCCAUCUCUGCAGCCUGAAGAGCAAAUCCUCCUGCUGUCCCUUUCCGAAUGUCAUGCACCACGCUGUGCUCCCUAGCUACCCACCUGAUAAACAGACUAUCCAGUCUGGGACAGACAAACAGACACAAACAGCUUCAAACCCAUUGGCGCAGAGUCCAGCAAAGGAAGCAGAGGGACAGCAUCUGCUGCAGAGCGUGACAGUCCUGGACGUAGCAGGGUAUCUGCUGCUGCUGCUGCCCAAUGGCAAAUGUCCCCUCCACAAGGAGUUUCCAAAAUGAGCUCUGGAUGUAUUCACCACAGAUAUUUAUUUCCCUUUCUGAAAAUAGCUGAAAAUUAGCAAAGCAUGAAGGAAUAAUGUUUUAAUGAUCCCUGAGGUUGAAAGUGAACUGUCAAGGGAAGGAUGGAGGUAGGGAUAGGUCAUAGUACUUGUGGGUGCAAUCUCCACUUUAAUGAGAUUUUUGCUUUGGUACGGCUCCAGUUGCAAGAAUUAAGCAUAAAACUCUUAAAUGCAUUUAUGUGCCCCUACAUUUCAGUCUAAUGUUGGAGAGCUUUAGGGCAGUGUUGCUUACUUCUUAUCUCCUUUCCCAGUGUGUUUGCCAUAGGAGCCCCCAGCAGAGGAGGAAGAAGGGAGGGGACAGAGGGUGAAUAAUCCCUUUUGCGUCCCCCAGACUGUGCUGCCACCUCUGGGGAAAUGUAUCUGCCCUGUCUCCUCCUUGGGUCAGGAGCUGCCGACCCUUCUCGCCUUCCCUUUGAUGUCAUAUUUAGGUUCACAAGACAAGCUCUAGCUAGGGCUUAAAUGUUGGGCCCUUCUUGGAAGGGAGGAAUAUGCUGCUGGUGGCUUUGGAUGCAGCACCGUUCUCUGAAUGACAGUUGCUGUGCAUCUUUUUCUGGGCAAGUGUUGUAAUUAACAUGCCCUUUUGAUUACAGAAGGAUGAGCCAGCUCCUGUGGAGGAUUGUAGUGUCCUGGCUGUCUUCCCGGGCCUGCCACCCAGAGGAGCAGUUGCAGCAGGGAAAGGAGAGAGUCGUAUGGUUAUUUUCAGUAGUGAAACACUAAUUUUGUAUGCUAGGCAGUUUUGAUAGGGAAAUGCAAGUAGGAGAUCAUUAAAAAAAAAAAAAAAAGAGGAAAAGGAAGACAAAAAAGAAAAAGGAAAAAGAAAAACAAAAAGAGAAAAAAGAUUUUUUCAGUCAGUUCCCAAGCUUUGGGACUACAGCCUAGGGAAACAUACUGUUAAUUUAGUUCCCAGUAUGGUAACACUAUUAUCUAAUCUGAUUGUAGCGACAAGUGACUCAGCCAGGGCUCUUCAUGUCCAUUUUUAAUCACAGAGGAGGAGCUACUUUUGAAGUGCACCUUCUACAGCCUCCUUAGCCAGGUAUGACUAGGGAAUAAUGUGCAUCAAAGCUGUAAGUGCAAACUGCAGCAGAGAGGCCUUGGGGUGCUAUGUUCCCAUCCUCCUGCCCCUGCCCUCUCUGCAUCAGGUCCCACAAGAGAUAGGGAAGGUGCUGGAAGUGCCUGAUCAGGGGUGCAGGAGUGCAGGGAUGCAGAGAACACAAAUGCAGAUGUGCAGGGGUGCAGGUGUGCAGGGGUGCAGAUGUGCAAGGGUUCAGGGGUGUUGGGCUGCAGGGUGCAGAUGUGCACCUUCCUGGGCCCUAGUCUCAUGCUUCCAUUUGCCAUGCUGGGCUGCAGCCCACAAAAGCACAGGCUGGCCAAUGAUGGGAGCAAUUCUUUAGAUAUGUGCCAAUUGCUUAUUCAUUCAUGGUAAAGGCAGGAUAAACACCUGGCAGGAGUGCUGUCCCAUUAGGAGAUGUAAUACCACGUUGGAUAUUACUGAGGGUACUCCAUCUGCCUGUGGCAUGGCACAUUUUCUUCUGCCCUACCUGGCCCAGGUACAGCUGCAAGGUGUACCUCCUCACUCAUCAUAUCCACCCCAACUUCUCCACUUCUCCUCUCCUUGACUUCUGUCCUCAGCCCUGACCCUGCGUCUCAUCCCCUCUCUGUUCACCUGCCUCACUCAGGUUCUUCCCUCCUGCACUUAGUACUCUGGCCCCACACCACAGCAGCAAGGAGCAAAGAAACAGUGUUAGGAGGGACACAAACUUUCCUGCUGGUGUUGUUUGCAUGGAGUCUGUAUUUACGUGAUAAACAGAGUUGACAAACAUGGGCCUUUUCAGGAAGAACCAGUGCAUUGGUCUCAAUCCUGCACCGAACCAAGCCCUAACCCCUGAUUCUGAUCCAGUGGAACAGCUCCUUUUUUCCAGAACCUGGAUCCUAAAGAACUGUGACAGCCCCAGUUGCACACAGACACAAAUGAUUAUUCUCUCUUGACAGACCUACACAGCUCCCUCCUUGUAUUUAACUGCAGUCCAAGUGAGCUGGAUCAGGAAAGAGACACUUGAUAGCUGCUGUUUCCGUGGUUGAAAUAUUUGUGAAGUUAGCGCAUAAUCUGAAAGCAGAAGCUAAUAAAUUAUAGGGUGCUAAUUGGGGCCGGAGUGGAGCUGUCAAUCAUAUUAUCCUAAACACACAGAGACCCUCAUAACCUAAAAAGGCAAGAAAGCCUCCAGGAACAGCUCCCAGUUGUCACUAGCCAUGACCUCCACUUCAGUGAGCGCACAGAGAGUCAAGGCAGAGAGUUUAUUCUGCUAAGAAAAUGCAAAUCCUAUAUUUAAGACAGCACUUUUAUUUGAUUUUGUUUACAUUCUUUGGGAGUGUAUUUCCAAGAGAAUGUUAUUGUUUUCCUUUGCCACUUAACUUGACACUUCUGCAAUUAAAAAAGUGUAGAUCAGAUAAGAAUUUGCAAUUUUUAUAUUUGCAUAGUCCUUAGAGUAACAGUCAUAAGACUUUACUGACAGUCCAACUUCCUUGCACAUAGGCUUGUUUUUUAAAAAUCAUCCUAUAACUCAUAUAUCUUUUAUUGCUUCCCAUGCCCCAGAAACACAUAUUCCACUUAAGACCUGCAGGACUCCGUGAUCUGAGCCAAAACACAACUGUGCAAACAUGGUAACUAUAGGGCAUUUGCAACUAUAGUCACUUUGUCACUAUUUUUCUUAUAUUGCUUCCAUCAAGAUAAGGUAUUUUACUCUUAAUAUAAAACUGAAUUAAAGAAUUCUAAAGAGAUUUUUAGUGACAUUUUUCCACAGAAAUUUUUUUCUGUUUGGAGAUAGGUAGGCAUUCCAGAAAACAUUCCCUGAAGAAAAGAUCUGAAUGGAUCAGAUCACCUUGAGGGCCAUCACACAGUAUACGCAGGAAAAUCAGGGGAACAGGCUCAGGCAGCAUGGGUUUACAAAAGGCAAAUCUUGCUUGACUAACCCCUGAUCUCCUUCUAUGGCAAGAUGUCCCACUUAGCAGAUGAGGAAAAGGCUGUGGACGUUGUCUAUCUGGACUUUAGUAGAGCCUUU